AUGGCGGAGGUGGGGCGGCUGCCGGUGCCCUGUCCCGGCUCGCGGCUCCCGGCGGGGUUCUGGGCCGCGGUGACCGUGUGGCUGGAGCGGCCGCAGGUGGCCAACAAGAGGCUGUGCGGCGCCCGCCUGGAGGCCCGUCGGCGCGCUGUCCUACCCCGCGCCGAGGCCCGCCGACCCCGGCCGAGCGCCGGCCACGACCCGGGACCGGAGAACGGGCGGGUGUCCGCCCAGGGCCGACCGAGCCCCGGGCCGCCGGGGUCCCCGGAGCCCCUCUGCCCGUCCUCGGCCCUGGGUGCUGUCUGGGAAGACUUGGCCCGAAGCCUGGACUUGCUGGCCUUCCUCGCCCGCUCCGAGGCCGGCCCUCCGGAGGCCGUGCGCCCCGUCGACGUGGUUCUCAGAAGCGUCAUCCCGAAAGCGAGCCCCCGGUGCCCGCUCCCCGCUCCCACGCGAGAGGUGGUGGUGCAGGAUGUCCACACUGGAACUGUAACUUUCUUACCUUUGGAAGAGGACGCUGACGGGAGUUUAAAGAUCAAGCUUAGCAACAUUUAUCAGCUCCAGCUCAGCCACGGCCAGCAGGAGUGGUUCAUAUCUGUUUUGAUUUUCUGUCCAGAGAGAUGGUACUCCGAUGGGGCUGUGUACCCCACACCCAUGUGGCUUGGGAAGCAGCUACUGGCCAAGCUGGCCAGGUGGUCUGUGGAGGACAAGAGGGGAGAGUUCAAGAGCACCCUGUCCCUCAUCCCCAUUGCCAAGUACAGCAGAGUUUACCAGGAGCUCAAGGAGAAGUAUAAGGCCAUGGUCAAGGUGUGGCCUGAGGUGACCGACCCGGAGAAGUUUGUGUAUGAAGAUGUGGCCAUCGCGUCGUACCUCCUGAUCCUGUGGGAAGAAGAGCGAGCGGAGCGGGGCCUGACGGAGAAGCAGUCCUUCGUGGACCUGGGCUGCGGAAAUGGACUGCUGACACACAUCCUGUGCAGCGCCGGGCACCCAGGCAGAGGGAUCGACGUUCGGAGGAGAAAGAUAUGGGACAUGUUUGGACCCGGGACGCGGCUGGAGGAAGGUGCAGUCACCCCAGGGGACAAGCACCUCUUCCCUGAUGUGGAUUGGCUAAUUGGGAACCAUUCUGAUGAGCUCACUCCCUGGAUCCCGGUCAUCGCAGCCAGGUCCUCCUACCACUGCCGCUUCUUCGUCCUCCCCUGCUGCUGCUUCAGCUUCGUGGGGAAGUACCCGCGGAGGCAGAGCCAGAAGACACAGUACCGCGAGUACCUGGACUUCGUCACGGACGUGGGGCUGGCGUGCGGCUUCCUGGUGGACGAGGACUGUCUCCGCAUCCCUUCCACCAAGAGGGUGUGCCUGGUGGGACGGUCCAGGACGUACCCGGCCGCUGAGGAGGCGUCGGUGGACGCACAGAGGACAGUCUACAUUCAGAGUCAGGGGGGCCCCAGGAGACAGCCGUGCUCGGGGCCCCUGCAGCCUCCCCCCGAAGCCCAGGAGGUGGGGACUGAAGCCCAGCCUCCAGCCCCAGGGGCGUCUCCGUGUAGACUGUGGGUGCCGGGGUUCCGGCCUCGGGAGAAGGUGGAGCGCGUGAGGAACUGCGCCUCUGUCCCGAGGGACCUGGUGGACCGGGUGGUUCUGCAGGUGGCCCAGCGACUGCUCAGCACCGGGGAACCCCAUGCCAACGGAGGUGGGACUCCCUGGAACCCAGGAGGAAGCCUCUCCCUGACGGAAAUUGCCGGUGAGCUGGACCAGGAGACGUUGCAGCAACUGAAGAGGGAGUGCGGGGGCCUGCAGACACUGCUCCGCAACCACCACCAGGUGUUCUCAGUUGGGAACGGGCAGGUCCGUCUCCGAGACUGGAGGGAGGAGCAGCCGCUGAGCUCGCCGGACGCUCGGACCUUCAAGACCCGGCUCUGCUGGUUCUUCAUGCAUCACCCUGACGGCUGCGCCCUGCCCGCCCCCCGCUGCCCCUUUGCCCACGGGCCCGAGGAGCUGCGGCCUGGCCGGAGUGAGAGGAGGGCCCGGCCGGUGCCACCUGAGGCUGCUGUGUCUAUGGAGGCCUGA